UGUUGAUUUCAGUCCCACAGUGGAAACACGUGGCGCUGUUGAGGCUGAGGCAGACUAGCGCGUUCUUUUUCUCCCUCAGUGUGACUCAUUCACGGGUUAUUUAUAGCUAUCGUCGCGGAUUUCAGUUCGAGCUUUCAACAACAGUAGUGAGAAUGGAGACCGUGGAGCGCUGGAAGAUUUGCUUGUGCCUUUUUGUUGCAGUGUUCUUUACUUCUCUGGAAAAUUCUACUGAAGAACACAUUAAUGUAAAUGAAACAUCCAGUGAUGCAACAUCCUUGUUUAAUGUGGCAGCAACCACACUGGGAUUAAAUAAAUCUACAGCAAGAUCAAGCAGUGGUAACAUAGCCCAUGAUACAGACGUAAACAGUACUGUAGGUCUUCCUAUUACUCAGAGUCUGAAAAAUGGAACAGAUUUUAAUAAUUCAUCAGAAAAUUCAACUAUUAGUGCUUUAAUUCAGAACACAGAGAUGAGUGAACUAACCAAAAAAAAAGAAAUGGCUACCACGGUUACAGAUGGAGCCCCUCCUGCAGGGAAUGAAACCCAAGUAGAAGGUAGCAAGCCAACUGCAAGUCCUACAAGUAGCAGCAGUCUCAACACAAAACCUCCACAUGUCACUGUGGUUCAUAAUGUGACUGAAAAAAAUGGCCACGUCACGAAGGUUGGAUCUACUAUUCAAAUGACAAGGAUCCCACAACAAAUGGAGACCACUGAGAAACAUUCAAUUGCUCAAAAGUCUGGGUCUGAGACCACAACUCAGCCAAAGAAUGCUCUUCCUGCAACAUUUACCAGACACGAGGAAUCAAAAGAGUUGACCAAUGCUAUGCUGACGGCAGAAUCUGAAACACAGCCAGUGCUCCCAACCAAGACCAUGCCGAUUGCAGUGUCCUCCAGUAGCUCUACAGGCAUAUCCACCACCACCACAGAAAGCACCUCCACCAACCGGCCCAGAACCACCCACGCCACGAUAGAAACCGUCGUCACAAGUAGUACAAUGAUCAACAAAGCAACCAAGUUAUUUUCCACCCAGCAGAGUGAGGACAGUGCGGUCAAUGCCAAAAAAAUGGUGAAUGGGAAGCCAAUUUCUAAUCCAAGCCAAAGCAAAGUGGACCCACUGGUUAUAGGAAUGAUCACAGUUUUCUUCAUUAUUAUUGCAAUUGUUUCGCUUCUUGGAUUUCUAAAGUAUCGGCAGCGAGUCAACCAACCAGAAUUUAGGCGACUUCAUGAACUUCCAAUGGAUGAUAUGAUGGAAGAGGACACUCCAUUGUCUCUCUACAGCUACUAACAAUCACCUGUUGCCAAAGAAGAGAUCUCGUCAACAUGCACAGCAUUGUGUUUUGGAGUAUUAUUGGCUGAGAUGUUGAGGACUUACAUUUUUUUAGUGUGAGCCAAAUUUGCGUUCAAAUGUGUCUGUUUUAUUUUAAUUUGUGGCUCAGUUAGGAUUGAACAUUGGUCAAAAUUGAUGUAAUCACACCACAAAAUAUUUCUUUCUGUAUCCAUUGAGUUUUUAACAGUAAUCUAUUUAUUCAAACAAACGUGAAGCAACGGGCAAUCUUUUCUUAACUAUUAGUAGACUCAAAAUAUUGUUGACCUUGCUCUCUGCAUCACCAGGACAUCUUGUAGAAAAUGUUGAAGGUAUCCAACACAAGCCAAAGGAGCUGGGGUCCCCGCUGACUGGCAUUGUUAGUUUCAAAGACCUUGAACAUUCACAAUUUCUUGGAUCAAUAUAAUUGUUUCAGGCAUCCAGUUAUGGAAUUAGUACCUUAACUUAAACAGAUUGCUUUGAGUUCCAAUUGCAAGUUGGGAUGAGAAAUUUCUGAAUUUAGCAGAAUUCCAAACUUGUAAAUGUGUAUUUGCAUUCCUAGUCUGCCCCUACAGAAUAUAGACAGAGAAUGCUGGAGUAACUCAGCGGGUCAGGUAGCAUCUCUGGAGAAAAGGCAUAGGUGAGGUUUUGGAUCGUAACCUACAGCUGUGAAUCAGAGCAUGUCGCAUGCAGACUACAACCAGACCAUAGGUGGCUCCCUGUCCCCAUACUGUCUCGAAGCUUGCCAUUCUUGCUGUCCUGGUUGUAGGCUUGCCAGCGAUUCAUGGGAACCAGUAGGAUAGCCCCAAUUCAAAAAGAGCGGAUCAUAAUGACAGUCUGUAAUGUGUGAGGAAUGUUAUGG